AAAGAAAAAAGCUGAUUUCCCCUGCUUAUUAAUUCACCUCACUCAACACUAUCUAACACUUUUACAGAAUCAACUAGCCAUGACAUGACACAGUAGUACUAAGGACACUGAGAGAGUGUGUGAAAAUUGUGAGGACUGAGCAUUGACCAACAACAAUGCUGCUCCUCCAAACAACUUGCAUUGUGCUCAUCUCUGUUCUGGGCUUGUUUUCACAGCUUGGAACAGCAAUGCUGAACCUAACUCUCCCCGGAGCACACCCUGACCCUGAAGCUGUUGCUCACGAAGUUCACAGGAAGGUGAAUGCUUCAAUUGCAAGAAGGGAAAUGCUGGCGGUUUCAUGGGAGAAAGAUGAGUCCGCGUGUGCAACAGGGAACCCCAUUGAUGAUUGCUGGAAAUGCGACCCCGACUGGCCGAACAAUCGACAGAGGCUAGCGGACUGCGUGAUCGGGUUCGGGCAGUACGCGAAGGGAGGAAAAGGUGGGGAGUUUUAUCUGGUGACGGAUUCCUCCGACAACGAUGUGGUUAACCCGAAACCGGGGACGCUGAGGUAUGGGGUGAUACAGAAUGAGCCUUUGUGGAUAGUGUUUCCUAGUAAUAUGAUGAUAAAGCUGUCUCAGGAGCUGAUCUUCAACAGCUACAAGACAAUUGAUGGUCGCGGUGCUGAUGUGCACAUUGUGGGAGGAGGGUGCAUCACUUUGCAGUAUAUAAGCAAUGUCAUCAUACAUAACAUUCACAUUCAUCAUUGUCAUCCCUCGGGUAACACGAACGUGCGGUCAAGCCCAGAGCACUACGGUUACAGAACAGAAUCGGAUGGUGAUGGAAUAUCCAUAUUUGGAGCAAAGGAUAUAUGGAUCGACCAUUGCACCCUCUCACGGUGCAAGGACGGGCUCAUCGACGCGGUGAUGGGUUCCACAGGGAUAACCAUCUCCAACAACUACAUGUCCCACCACAACGAGGUCAUGCUCCUCGGACACAGCGAUGACUACCUCCCUGACUCUGGCAUGCAGGUCACCAUCGCCUUCAACCACUUCGGCCAAAACCUCGUCCAGAGAAUGCCCCGGUGCCGGAGGGGCUACAUCCACGUCGUUAACAAUGAGUUCACCCAGUGGGAGAUGUACGCCAUCGGCGGCAGCGGGAACCCCACCAUAAAUAGCCAGGGGAACCGAUAUAGUGCGCCUUCGAACCCUUUUGCUAAGGAGGUUACAAAGAGGGUAGAGACCGAGAAGGAUAAGUGGAAAGGGUGGAAUUGGAGGUCAGAAGGUGAUGUUUUGGUGAAUGGAGCAUUUUUUGUGACAUCAGGGGAAGUUCUUGAGGUUAAGUACGAGAAGGCUUACAGUGUUGAACCGAAGUCCGCUGAUCGGAUUGCUCUGCUUACCAUGUAUUCAGGUGUUCUCGGUGUUGCCAGGGACAAUAAUCUGGGAAUGUGGAGCAGAGGACCCGAAAGUGAGGGUGAUGGCGGUUCAGAGUUUGGCCUGAUGUACUCCGACGAUAUGUCGGGGGGUGGAGGAGCAGUGCUACCACUACGUUCAUUUCCUUUUACUCUUGGAAUGUGCUUCUUGUCCUGGAAAAUAAUAAUACCGUUAACAUUUAUUCUAUGACAAUUCAUGGAAUGGAUCAUCUUCUUCAGUGUAAUGUAAUGUGACAGCAUGCUGUUUCUGUAUUCCCUCAUUAUUGAAUGAAAUGGGCUUGGUGCUGCUCAAUUCUAAAAGACCAAGCACCAUUAAGACUGUA